UUGGGCUAGUUAUUGCUUUAAUUUGAGUGAGAAUCCGGCAAAAUUUUAAUGCCCAUUUACUGUUCGACAAAAUGCUUGAUUGAAAGUUUUAGUUGAAGGGUGAUUGGUCUGCAUUUUUGCACAUGAAAAAUACUGGCCAAGUCGGCCAGUUCACUUCCUCGCAUCUAAGAAUUUUUGGUGUGUUGAUGUCUUACAUUUUUCUGCUCCUUAUGCUUCCGGUCGAGUGAAUUCGAAUUGAUGUUAUGAGAGGGAGUGUUGUGAGUCUCAUUGUUUGUUGGAAUGGUUAGAAAUUGAAGCCAGAUUUCUGGUUGCUGUCUUGCUGAAUGGUAAUUGAUAUUUGCUCGUUGGAGAAGAUGAUCACUUGUCCAAAAUUGCAAUUUCAGUCCCUCCGUUUUCUUUUUGUUUAGUGAUUUGGUCCUGUCUUUUCCUGAGCUUCAUAUUUGCCUCCAACACCAUCAUAAGUCCCUUAAUUAGGUCCCUGCUUUGUUGCAUUUUAAUCCCUCAAGUCCCCCUUGUUCACCGUAUUGGGAAGUUAUGUAACUUUUUUUGUGUUUUUACCUCUAUGCUUUUUGUAGGAAGCCAAGACAAUCAAACAAUUCGACUUGCCAAAGCUUUGAAGAUUUAUGUUUCUAAAUCUAGAUUAGCUCAUUAUUUGGACCUUGUUAAUUUAUGAGACGUAACUUAUUAUGUAUUGUGGAGUAUGUUUAUAUUUUAAAGCCUUUUUCUUUCAUUUGCCGAAUGUAUGACUAUUGUGUGAGCAGGCUGGCCGCUGGUUAAUGACAUGUUAAUGUGUAGGAUAAAUGUCUAGAAAACUUGUUUUUUGAGUGUGUCGUGUGUGGUAUAAGGUUCAGAGGUUUUGCUUGUGGGUUCAAUUCUUUUGCUCUUUCCUCUGUUUAAAAUGACAGCCUGGAAAGAGCUGUUGCAAUUUGCUGUAAAAGGCUCCAGCCUCUGGGAUUGCAUUUUAAUGGUGGUAUUGAGGUCAUCUUUGCUGGGUCAGAUAUUUCACGUUUGCAAUUAGAAUGUCUGAAGAAGAACAAGAGAUAGAUAAAACCAACUUCUUAAAUGAAGAGGAUCCAAAGUCAAAUGGGGUGAAGGGAGCUAAAUGGAAAAACAAACGGAAGAAGCGAUUACAAUAUGAGGCUAAGAAGGCUGAAAAGCGUGGGAUUUGCUAUUUGAGCAGGAUACCUCCACAUAUGGAUCCUCUAAAACUUAGACAGAUCCUCUCUCAGCAUGGAGAAAUUCAAAGAAUUUAUCUCACACCUGAAAAUCCUGCUGCUAGAGUCCAGCGCAAGCAGGCUGGUGGAUUUCGAGGACAAGAAUUUUCGGAAGGGUGGGUUGAGUUCACUAAAAAGAGUGUUGCAAAGAGGGUGGCAAGGAUGUUAAAUGGAGAACAAAUAGGUGGGAGGAAAAGGUCAGCAUUCUAUUAUGAUCUCUGGAAUAUCAAAUACUUGAGUAAAUUCAAAUGGGACGAUCUUACUGAAGAAAUUGCAUACAAGAAUGCAAUCCGAGAGCAAAAACUGGCAUUGGAAAUAUCUGCUGCUAAAAGAGAGCGAGAUUUCUAUCUGUCAAAAGUUGAUCAAUCCAUUGCUUUAAGCUCUAUAGAAGAGCGCAUGAAGAAGAAGCAAAAGGUUCAGCAAGAAUCAGGAGCAAAUUCUGAGAUCUCUGAUACCCAUUUUGGGCCAAAAUUAAUUCGGCAAUUUCCCCAGAAAAAACCAGUUGCAACCAACACUGAAGAAAGCAAGCCUCGAUUGUCUAAGGAUAUCUUGGCUGGAAUAUUUGGUGGUACUUCAUAAUCCAAGCCAGAUGCACGUAGCCAGGGGAAGAGAUUUAAAAUUUUUGCACGAACUGUAGUUGUUGAUUUGCCAUUCUUUUAGUUAGUGAUCAAGUUCUUCUCAAUGGUUAGCAAAACCUUGAUAUUGCACUGUAUUUUACUGCUUUAGUUAACCUAUGUUUACGAGGGUGAGUACAAGAAUUCCAAUUGCCUCUCUUUUGGGUCUGGAAAGUGCGUCAUAUCUGUAAGGAAUUUCAUUUUUGUGCUACAGCUGGACAAGUAAGUUGUCUUUAUAACACCAUAUACAUUAAGCUGUGAUGAAUUCUGCAGUUAUUACUAGAAAUGGACGAGCAGAGUUAAUUGUGUA